AUGCCUGACACCUCUACACUAGAAGAGCUUUAUGCAAAAGCUGUGGCAAUAGAGAGAGCAGAAGCAAGUUCAAUGCAAAUGCUAGCUGAUAGUAAAAUGACAUCUACAGUCAAUAAAGUUACUAAAGUGAAAACUCAGCAGCCACAAGAAUCCAAGCAACCUACGACGACUGAAUCUGAUAAACCAACGUGUUUCCAGUGCGGAAAAAUGGGUCACAAAAGUCCAGAAUGCAGAAUGGACAAGUCCAAACUGAAAUGUACAAGCUGUGGUCAUGUAGCAACUGUAUGCAGACAGAAGAAGGAGGAAAUUCACCACAUUGAUGGAGAAGGUGCACCUUGGACUGCUACAAUUGACGUGCAAGGCAAGCCGCUUGAGUUCGAGCUCGAUACAGGGUGCGAGUACUCUAUUGUUCCUGUCAGUCUGUUCCAGACCUUACGUGCUGAUCUCAAAAAAAGUGACAAGCUGUUCCAACCGUACGGUACCUCUGCUAUGAUACCAGCGUUGGGCAUGUCGACCGUGAAAGUGCGCUACAAGCAUAAAAAGUUACAUUUGGACAUCUACGUUGUUCAAGAUCCAGCAGUGUCAAUUCUGGGUGGAGAAUGGUUGCACAAGUUGGGCAUCUACAUCCCUGUGAAUCACGUUUAUCAAGUCAAAGCUGGUCAACAGUAUAUGAAAGACUUAGAAAGUGAAUUUCAAGAUGUUUUUGCAGAAGGGAUUGGUUGUGCACAUAAGUCAGUGUCAAUCAAAUUCAAAGAUAAUGCUAAACCAGUGUUCAUGAAACAUCGAUCAGUGCCAUAUGCGUUAAAGGACAAGAUCGAAACUGAAUUGGACAGAAUGGUGAAAGAUGGAAUUCUAAUGCCAGUUGAACACAGUCAGUGGGCUACACCAAUUGUACCUGUCGUGAAGAAAGACUCGGUGCGAAUUACCGCCGACUACUCGUGUACAGUGAACCCACAGUUGGAAGUUUCGUCAUACCCAUUGCCGAAAAUCGAGGAACAAUUGGCUAAAAUCUCUAAUGGUCGAUUAUUUUGCAAACUCGAUAUUACAAAGGCAUAUUGGUGUCUUCCAGUAGAUGAAGCGUCGGCAGCUGCGCUGACCAUCAACACUCAUAAAGGUUUGUUUCGUCCCACACGCUUGAUGUUUGGAUGUGCUUCAGCCCCGGUCAUAUGGACCAAAUUCAUUGAAGAAGUGAUCUCUGGAAUAGAGGGUCUCGGAGGUUAUUUCGAUGACUUAGUGGUGUCUGCUAAUGACGUCAUUACUCUGAAAUCACGCCUAUCAGAAGUUUUACGACGCUUGCAAGCCAACGGUCUACGCCUGAACUUGCAGAAGUGUUCUUUCUUCGUGGACUCUGUCACAUACCUGGGACAUGAAAUAUCAGCAGCUGGCAUCCGUCCUGCUAAAGAUGGAUUACAGGCCAUUCAAGAGCUGCCACCACCUGCAAAUGAGAGUGAAUUGAAGAAGUUCCUGGGAAUGGUGUCGUUCUAUUCAAAAUUCGUUCCUGGUAUGGCCUCUACAGUCGCUCCAUUAGUCGCUCCAUUAUACAAUGCAACGAAGCAAGCAGUUCCUUGGAAAUGGACACGUGAAUGUGCUACAGCAUUUCAAACGUUGAAGCAGCAGUUAACUUCGGACCAUGUGUUAGUGUCAUACAACCCACAGCUUCCGAUUGUGCUUAGCUGCGAUGCCAGUCCUGAAGGCUUAGAAGCUGUUCUCGCUCACCAGUAUCCAGAUGGUUCCGAUCGUCUAAUUUUAUACAUCCACAGAAAGUUGGACAAUUGUCAAGUGAAAUACUCACAAAUUGAUAAGGAAUCAUUGGCCAUCAAAUGGGCCGUUGAAAAGCUGAAUAUCUAUCUUGUGGGCAGGCAAUUCACUCUCAUAACUAACCAUGCCCCACUUGUUCACAUAUUCGGCAUACGCAGAAAGAAAUUACCAACUUUGUGUGCUACUAGAUUGUUACACUACGCAAUCUUUCUACAAGAUUUUUCAUUCACCAUCAAAUAUCGCAAAUCUGAAGAGCACGGCAACGCUGAUUUCCUGAGUCGUUUACCACAACACUCGUCAGAUUUACGUCAGGCUCCUACCUCAGAUGAUCCAGUUGAUCUAGUACAGCUUCACCACAUCUCACUACUGCCGCUGACUCACCAAUCCAUUGCGCAGCAUACUCAGCGAGACAUUCAAGGGCGUGAGUGGCUACAGAAACUCCGCUCGGGCGAGACACUUGGUGAAAAUGAAGAUGGACUCUACUCAUUGCAGUCGGGUUGCGUCAUGAGGGGCUUGCGUACCUACAUACCUAGUGCCUGUCGCCCUGCUGUGCUUGAAGAACUUCAUACGGGACAUCUAGGAAUUUCGAAAAUGAAGGCGUUGGCGCUAGGAGAAAUUACGUACAUUCCUAGCAGCAUACCGGCGUGGCCCACAUCCUACUACGGGCUCAAGGAUGAACCCUUACGUAAAUGGAAGUUGGGAUACGUGAUAUCAAGAGAUGGGGAACUCUCCUAUACAGUGAUGGUGGAUGGCGAACUAAAUCGCAAACAUGUGGACCAACUCAAGAAGGUGGGACAAGAUGUGCCAAUGACUCUAGCAGUAACGCCGUCUAUUACUCCUGCGAUUUCGGUUCCUGUUGCGACGCCUGCAGCAUCCGGUCCUGCUCAAUCUCCGCCGGACCAGCCUGAGCAGUCAACUCCAGUGCGGACGGGUAUUGCUGAAACUCCGCGGGCUCCUGUGUCAGAUCGACCGCCUCCACGCUUCGCAGCUCAGUCUACUCCGCCUCAGUCGGCUCGUGAGAAGCGCAUCCGCCGUCCAGUUAUUCGCUACUCUCCUUAG